UCAGUGGAAUUGUGACUGCAGGGCGAGCAGGUCUACCUCCUUGAUGAGCUUCUUUUCCCGCCGCAACACCACCUUAUCCCCCUCCAGCGCACACGACAGCCGACCGCUCUGCUCCUGUGGGAUCAGCUUGAGCUGUGUGAUCGUCCGUGCGAUGUUACCAUUCGAUGAUCUCCCGACAUCUUCCAUGACGACACAUAUGCCCACCCUCCCCUCGUCAUCCACACCAUCAGGCCGGAGCCGCUCCACAUCAGAUGCACAGUGAAAGAUGCGUGGGACAGCCAGCGAUGAACUUCGGUGGCUUGCCGUCUUGCCGAAUGACGCGGAUGUGCUCCUUGGUCUGGUCCCACUGGAAAUGCCGGACCCCAAGGCCACGCCGUCUAGCUUCAGGGACAAUUGAUGUGCUGACACGCCUUAGGGCCCGCUCGUAGAUGGCAGCGCUCGCAGGGCCGAGGUCCGCCUCGCAGUACUGCUUGCUCACGUAGGCCAUAAUGUCCUUCCAUGCACCUCAGAACGGCCUUUUCUUCUUGAAAGCCGACCGCCGUGUACCUGGGCAGAAGCAGCAGCAGCGGGCACAGUGUUUGGGAUGGAUGGGUGAGGCGGAGGCGCUGGCGUGGCCUGCUGCGCACACAAGACAAGCAGCACAUCAGUGCACUUGAAAGAGAUCGUGGUGCGUUGAUGUGCUGACCACAACGGUGGCUACGGUGGCAACAUGGUUGACGAAGUUGAAUACGUACUGGUCGACCGAGAUGUUGGUGCACUGAUUGAUGAGCAUGGGGCUCCUGCCUGCCGACAGAUGGCCGCACACCAAGAUCAACACCUGCAACACAACCAAAGGAACCAAACUGAUCAAUGAGCGUGUAUGCUUGUGGCCCUGCUCACCGUCCUGUCCGCUGGAACUGCCCUCCAGCCUUCUCACAGACCUUGACCACCUUGCGGCCCACGUCCGAACAAGUAUUUCCUUCCCCACUCCUCGGACCAGGGCAUCGCGUACCGAGGACGAAGCCGCUUCUUCCUCGUCGGCGGCUCAGGAUAGGCCUGUCAGUGGGGAGCACGCCCGGUCCCACGCCACGGGAUAAACAGGAUGCGCCUGACUGUUGAGGCGCCAUGCAGCUCAAAUUCACG